GGGGGGUGGGAUCUGAACAUGGCUGCGGUGGUAGCUGCUACGGCGCUGAAGGGCCGGGGGGCGAGAAAUGCCCGCGUCCUCCGGGGGAUUCUCGCAGGAGCCGCAGCUAACAAGGCUUCCCAGAACAGGACCCGGGCUCUGCAAAGCCACAGCUCCCCAGAGUGCAAGGAGGAGCCUGAGUCCCUGUCCCCUGAGCUGGAGUACAUUCCCAGAAAGAGGGGCAAGAACCCCAUGAAAGCUGUGGGACUGGCCUGGGCCAUCGGCUUCCCCUGUGGUAUCCUCCUCUUCAUCCUCACCAAGCGGGAAGUGGACAAGGACCGUUUGAAGCAGAUGAAGGCUCGGCAGAACAUGCGGGCGUCCAACACGGGCGAGUACAGCCUGUAUACCCGCACCUGGCUUGGGUACCUCUUCUACCGACAACAGCUGCGCAGGGCUCGGAAUCGCUACCCCAAAGGCCACUCCAAAACCCAGCCCCGCCUCUUCAACGGAGUGAAGGUGCUUCCCAUCCCUGUCCUCUCGGACAACUACAGCUACCUCAUCAUCGACACCCAGGCCCGGCUGGCUGUGGCUGUGGACCCUUCAGACCCUCGGGCUGUGCAGGCUUCCAUUGAAAAGGAGGGUGUCACCUUGGUUGCCAUUCUUUGCACCCACAAGCACUGGGACCACAGCGGAGGGAACCGUGACCUCAGCAGGCGGCACCGGGACUGUCGGGUAUACGGGAGCCCUCAGGACGGCAUCCCCUACCUCACCCAUCCCCUGUGUCAUCAAGAUGUGGUCAGCGUGGGACGGCUUCAGAUCCGGGCCCUGGCCACCCCUGGCCACACACAAGGCCAUCUGGUCUACUUGCUGGAUGGGGAGCCCUACAAGGGUCCCUCCUGCCUCUUCUCAGGGGACCUGCUCUUCCUCUCUGGCUGUGGACGGACCUUUGAGGGCAGCGCGGAGACCAUGCUGAGCUCACUGGACACAGUGCUGGGGCUGGGGGACGACACCCUGCUAUGGCCUGGUCACGAGUACGCGGAGGAGAACCUGGGGUUUGCAGGCGUGGUGGAGCCCGAGAACCUGGCCCGGGAGAGGAAGAUGCAGUGGGUUCAGCGGCAGCGGAUGGAGCGCAAGGGCACGUGCCCGUCCACCUUGGGAGAGGAGCGCUCCUACAACCCGUUCCUAAGGACCCACUGCCUGGAGCUGCAGGAGGCUCUGGGUCCAGGCCCGGACCCCACUGGGGACGAUGACUGCUCCCGGGCCCUGCUCCUGGAAGAGCUCCGCCGGCUGAAGGACAUGCACAAGAGCAAGUGACGCCUCCCACCCCCUCAGCCCACCCCCGCCAGGCCCGCCCCAGCGGCGGGGAGGCCGCCCAUCACCACACCUCACCAUCCUUCUCAUUGUUAACACCGCCCCCUCCAUCGGCACCCACGGCGGGCAUCAUUCCCCUACACUGGUCAGGGGAGGGACAAGGUGAUGAGACCACACGACCAAGAGAAGGGGCCUGGUUGAAGGCUGGGAGGCCCCACAGAGUGAGGCGGAGGCAUUAAGGGUGAGAGGAUAGGAGGGGUCUCGGGACAUCCUCAAACCCUACUAACUGGGAGGGCUCCCUUCCUUCCCCUACUUGUGAGACAGCAGCCAGAACCUGGGGGCUGCUGUCAGCUCCUCCCUCAGGAGCCUUAUCUCACUCUGGCUCCGGAACCCAGGGAAGCAGGAGCUGUGGCCAUGUUGAGUCUGUCUUCCCCCUUCCGCCAUCCAGAGUUGGGGAAGAAACCCAGCACCCCAAAGUGGCCUCAGGUGUGGUGCCUUGGAAAAGUCGUCACUCAUGGGGGCAGCCAGAUUCUGGUUUCCUGAGACUCUGCCCUUCCUCUCAAGUCUCCCUGCCCAUCCCCUCCUAUAAAGGCAUUUUCAGACAGAGCCAUUCCUAAGAACACCGAAAGCCUGGCUGCAAGUCUGGCUUUCGGGCCACUCUCUGCCUCAGUGGUCCCCCUGCAGCCUGGGAGAGGGAGGGUCCUGGUUGCCAAGGAAACCUCCACCUCAGGCUGAGGAGACAGCAGAGGCCAGGAUGUGGAGCCCGACAGUCCUGCAGGUCACAUGCUCUCUAUCUGGCCUGGUCCUGCCCACUGGCCUGUGCCCCUGCCCUGGGCCCAGGGGGCCCCUCCUUGCCGGGGAAAGAGCACCACAGUCCACCUUGGCCACUGCAGUUUUCUCCUUUUGGCCCUUGUUCUUAGGCCUGGCUGUCCGCCUCCCUCUCUCUGACUUAUCUCUUGCUUUAGCCGCAACUCCUUUUUUCUUUGAGUUAGCAAAGAUUGGUUUCACAGCCCUGACACUCAUCUGGCCUUUUGCAGUUUGCCCAGAACAUUCCCCGUGUGACUUCCCACUUGAGGGUGGCGCAGAGGCCCCUAGCAGCAGGGUGCAGAAACCCAAACUCUGCACCCAGAGUGCGUGGCAACUCUGGGACUCCAGGCCUGGGCCCCUCCUUCUGCCACCCUCCUCCAGCUCUUCUUCUCCUCUGGCCUCGGGUCCAGGUCCCUUUGGGCCACAGGGAAGAGCCCUAUGGUCCUCAAGCAGGUAUACCUUGGGUCAUCCAGGAGCCUUCUCUUCCUGUGUGAGCCUUCCCUCAGGCUCUGCUGGCCUCUGGCGACCCUCCGAGAGGCCCCCUACCCUCAGUUUCCCCUCGUCACCUGGCUUCUGCUGCCUUCCUCAGCCACGGCCUUUGGCACACUCUAGCAAUACCGCCAGACUAGUUAGAGAUCCCCAGGACAUGCAGUUCAUGCCUCUGUGCCUUUGCUCAUGCUGUUUUUGGAAUGCCUUCCCCGGCUCCUCCUGCCUUGUCUGCCUGGCAAACACCUGUUCAUCGCUCACGAUCCCCUUCAAGGCCCCCCUCCUCCAGGAAGGCAUCCCCCAUGCUCCUCCCCCCCCAGCCUACCUCUGCACCUUGUAAAUGCUUCUCUUGCGGCACUUAUCACACUGCAUUUUACUUGUUUACAUGUUUGUCUCCCCUUCUAGACUGUGAAUCCUUAAGGGCAUGGACUGUAUCUUAUGCAUCUCUGUAUUUCUGCGCCUAGCACGGUGCCUAGCACACAGUAGGCGCUCAAUAAAUGUUGAAUGAAUGAUUUAACCAAG